CCCUUGAUCCCUUCCUUCCCCCAGAAAAAACUGAAGGAAAGGCUGAGCCUCUACCCAGCCCCGGAGGAGGAGGGCAGUGGGGGCCAGUCUGCCCCUGCCGAGCCCCACAUUUCUGACUUGGACACCCCGCAUGGGGGAAGCUCAGCACCAGGGCUGAAAGCACCAGGGACACAGCCUGUGCCCAGGACCAGCAAGGGGACUUCGGGGACACAGCCCAGCUCCCAGGGGAUGCACACAGGGAUGCAGAGAGCACCAGUGACCCCUGAGAAUUGGGAAGGAACUCCCUCAGAUCAGAGAAGGACUUCUGAUACCAACGCCACCAUCCUGGGGACACAGCCAGUGUCCCCCGGCACCAAGACCACAAUCCCAGGGAUGCAGCCAGGGUCCCCCGGCACCCAGACCACCACGCCAGGGACACAGCCAGGGACUCCCAGCACCCAGACCAGCAUCCCGGGGAUGCAGCCAGGGACUCCCAGCACCCAGACCACCAUCCCAGGGAUGCAGCCAGCACCUCCAGGCACCCCAGGAGGAGGAGCAGGCGUUCAGCCAAGCCCCCCUCGCAUGGAGCCCAGCCUUUCUGGCACUGAGAAAGUCCCUACUGAAGCCACCCCCGGUGCUCUGGGGACACAGAUGGAUGCCACAAGCCCCAAGGAGGGAGACAAGGCUUUGCCCACCACACAGCUUGCCCAGGCAGGCCACCCGGCAGCGGGGACCCUCUCACUGACAGCCCAGGGGUUCGAGAUCCCCCUUGAUGGCUAUCCCAGGGCCAUGUCCCCUUCACAAGAGCCAGCUGUGCCCUGGGGGUCCUCAGGCUCCAGCAGUGCCUCCAGCCGCUACGAGGAGACAGUGGAGGCUCUCCGCCAGAUCGGGCAGCUUGGCCACCUCUACACAGCCCUGAAGGAGCAGGUGGCCCAGCUGGAAGCCACCAAGUCAGACCAUGCCGAGCUUGAGAAGCUGCGCCUGCUCUUCCCAGAGGGAGACCAGGAGAACAUUGCCAGCAUCCUGGCUGACCUCCGGGGCCAGGUGUCCUCCCUGCAGGGCCUGGCCAGUGACCUGCAGGGCGAGAAAGGGAAGGUCAGGCAGCUGGAAGAUGCACUUGGAAAGCUGGGGGUGGCUGGACCUGACUGGAAAGUGGAUGGCAGCGACCAGAUUACCCUGCAACUGAGGUCCACGCUGCAGGAGAUAAAGCAGGAGCUGAAGGAGCUGGGAGAGCAACAGGAGAUGACCAAGGCCACGCUGGAGCAGUUGGUGACCAAGACGGCUGACCAGCUGCAGGAGCAGCUGGACGAGCUGAGGGCGAUGGUGGAGGGCACAGGGCAGGAGCGGGAGGAGGCAGAGGCGCAGGCAGCGUGCCCCGUCUGCAGCACGGACAUCAGCGUGCAGGUGGGGCAGCUUCUCCAGCGUUACGAGAAGCUCCAGGAGCUGGUGGACUCCUUCAUGUCGCGGCAGGCGGUGGGCAAGGUGGUGAGGCAGCUGCCGGGAAGGAGCCAGCAGGAUGAGGAGCUGCUGAAGCGCAUCCAGGCCACCGUCAUGCAGGUGCAAGGGGACUACGAGAAGCUCAGCUCCGUCACGGGGAACCUCCUGGAUGACCGUCACCAGAAGCAGAAAGAUAUCGAGGCUCUGUUCCAGUCCCUGGAGAGGCUGGAGAAGGAGAAAGCAGACAAGGAGGACCUGGUGCUGAGAAUCGGUGUGAAAGCAGACAAAACCGCCCUGGCCGGCAAAGUCAGUCGCACCCAGUUUGACGCAAGCAUGGAGCGGCUGAAUGAGAUGAUCCAGGAGAUGCUGAGCCAGGUGAUGGGCCAGGAGCAGGGCUGGCACCAGGUCCAGCGACAGCUCAGUGAAGAGAUGGACUCCAAGCUGGACCGCCUGGAGCUGGGGCCUUUCCGGCAGCAGCUGGAGGAACACUGGAAGACCAUCCUGGAGCAGCUCAAGGAGAAGGUGCCGCAGAUGGAGGCUGACGAUGCAGCUGGGAUUAAGAAGCAGCUGCUGGCCCAUUUCCACUGCAUCUCCUGCAACCGGCCCCUCAGCAUGCUGGUGCCUGGCCCGCACAUCGUGGCCAUCCCGUCCAUGCCACCGCUGGCCCCCCGCCUUGCUGGGCGUCCCCAGACCAUCCUCGAGCUGGAGCAAACACAGCAGCACAGCCACAGCACGAUGAGAUGGAGCUGUUGGGCCAGGACGGCCACAUCUACAGGGGCCGGCAGGAUGGUCAGCUGCCUGUGCUCAUGGGCAAGGAGGGCUCCCCGAGGGACAAGCCCAAGCUGUCCCCACGGCAGUGGGAUGCCUGGGAUACCGGCCGCCUCCUCUCACGGCCCCAGAGCGCCGGGUCCUCGCUCAGCCAGCCGGGCACCACCGUUUCGCUGGAGCACAGGCCAGCCUCGUCCCACGGCCACCUCUCCCAGGCACCGGGGCUUUUCCCGCCCCUGCAGGAUGGAUCCAGCACCCCAGCAGCUGGGUGGGACCGGGGGUCCCCGGCCAAAGCCCCACCACCCCAGCUACCGAGCAGGCGAGCAAGUGGCUCCGGCCAGCAGCAAUAAAGGGCGAUGGGCAGCCAAGCGCCUGUGCGGCCUGAGUGGGGUGGCCCUGGGUCGGGAUCUUCCCGUCAUGCACAAGGAGGGGUCGGCAGCAUCCCUCGUCCUGUGGCCGCGUAUCACCGGAGGAGCUGAAAACAGCCCCUGUCCACCCUCCUCCUCCUGGGGUCUGUGUUGGCUGCGCUCCCCCCGACACCCUCUGGCCACCACGAGCCCCAUUUGGUGCCAGUGACCCCUGCCAGGGGAGCUUGUGGCCCCAAAGGGGGCCUGGGGGAGCCGGGUGGUGCAGCAGGAGGAUGAUGAUGCUCAGUUGCUGCUGAAGGCAGUGGGAAAUGGGGACCUCAGUGGGAAGGGCGGCAGCAGGACGUGGCUUAAUGCCAAAAGCAAAUCCCACCCCAAGCCUGCUGGCUUGAUAUCGCUUAUCGUGAGGGAUGAGUGUCACUGGACUGGUUUCCUUAUCUCCUAGUGGAUAAACCCCCUUUGUCACCCCCUUGUCCCUCUUCCAAUGCUGCCAUGGAUGGAAAGAGGAAGGCACCGACCCCAGUGCUGCCCAGCUCGGGGCAGCUGAUGCUUCCCACCUCUGGAGCAAAGCACCAUAACCCCUUCUCUGCCCCCAACCUUGGGAGAACACAGCCCUUCCUUUCCCUUUGCCACCCCCAUGGCUUGGGGCUGCUUUUCCCCAGCCCCCUUCUGUCACCCAUCCCCUCAGGGUGAAUGCCCCACGGCGUGCUGAGACCUAGCACAAAUUGUGUCACAAGUGGAGAGGCACCAGGCAGGGAAACCGCAGCCCCUGGAAGCAUCCAGGGGAGCACCCCUCACCCCCAUCAUGGUGUGUCCCUGGGGGCUGUCCUGUGGAAAUCCUGCUCUCCUGGUGGAUCUUAUCCUUAAACUUGGGGGGGGGCCCAAACAUCCCCCUUACAGUGGCAGACCCCAUCCCCACCCACCCUGCUCCUGUC